UCGAGCACUUCGAUAGAUUGUCAUUCCGUAUGAACGUGGAUGCAAACAAACAGCUGUCUCUCUGGUACGGAUUUUAACCGGUGAUUCCGAGUUUGCGAUGAAUUUAGCUGGAAAUAAUUUAAACUACGAUGCUUCGAGAUGAACGGCCGAGGUAUGUUGUUUGGUAGAUAUUUUUUGGUAAAUAGCAUUUGUCGAAACAGGACUCUGUCGACACAUAUCACGCCUACUGCGAAACGAAAAUGGAAAGCGGGACGGCUCGUGCUGGGAGCAACUGGUGGAAUGCUGUUGGGGUCGGUGGUGUAUGACGGAAUAUCGUGUGAUUUCGAAAAUGUACAGGGGGCACAGCGAUUCCUGCGGUCCUUAGGGAUCGGUAUCAGUAUUUCUGCAGACUAUGCCUGGAGUUUAUGGGGAUUGGCCGAAACAGAUGCAGACUAUUCGACUGUUAUCGCUAAAGUUCAUCAAAGAUCGGCAGAUAAGCUGCUGAAAGGUUGUCUGGCAAAUGGUGGCCUGUACAUAAAAAUGGGACAAGGUGUUGCUGCACUCAAUCAUAUCAUUCCAAGACAGUAUGUAGCGACCUUGAAAGCGCUGGAGGACAAAUGUUUAACAAGGAAACCGGAUGAAGUACGUGCGCUAUUCAAGGAAGAUUUUGGAAAGACUCCGGAGGAAGUUUUUCGAGUGUUUGAGUAUGAACCGAUUGCAGCUGCCAGUUUGGCACAGGUUUUUGUGGGUGAAACAAAAGCCGGUCAGAAGGUUGCCAUUAAAGUUCAAUAUGCGGAUCUGAGAAAGCGAUUCGAUGGGGACUUGAGAACUAUUCUUUUCCUACAAGAUUUGGUGGCCUUAAUUCACAAGAAUUACAAUUUUGGAUGGAUUGUUCGGGAUCUGCAGAAAACUUUACGGGAAGAGUUGGAUUUUGAACACGAGGGAAAAAAUUCGGAACGGUGUGCAGAGGAUUUGAGGAAGCAUUGUAACGUCUACGUUCCAAAGGUUCUAUGGGAGUACACAAAUAAGCGUGUGCUGACAACAGAGUUUAUUGAUGGCUGUAAAAUAAGUGAUCGCGAAAGUUUACAGAAACUGAAAAUAAAUGUAGCAGCUCUAGACAUCGACCUUUUUCGAGCGUUCGCUGAACAAAUUUUUCGCAGUGGGUUUGUUCAUGCGGAUCCUCAUCCCGGAAAUAUUUUUGUUCGUCGAAAUCCAGUAUCCGGUCACCCUCAGCUUGUUUUGUUAGAUCAUGGUCUGUAUGGGGUACUGACACAAGAGAUACGCAACAACCUAUGUCGGUUUUGGGAAGCAAUUGUACUCAAAGACCACAAAUCAAUGGAAAAAUACGCUGGUGCACUUAACGUAAAGGAUUAUCGUACGUUUGCGGAGAUAUUGCUUCAGAGACCGCUGGAACUAAGUGGAUCAAAGAUGUCCACCCGACUUACGGAAGAAGAUCUUGCGUACAUGACCAAACAGGCAAAGGAACAUUUCGAUAAGGUGAUGGAAACGCUUAGGAGUAUGCCAAGAAAUAUUAUUUUUGUGUUAAGAAAUUUGAACACUAUUCGGUCAAUCGCUAUGGAUCAUGGUGAUCUGGUGGAUCGCCCAAAAGUGAUGGCUCGCAGCGCGAUAAAGGCACUAAUGGAAUCUGACAAGGGUUUUCUAGGUUUCCUAUACGGGACAUUCAGACGUAUCAACUUUGAGUAUCAAUUGUGGAAAACCUCGUGCCAGUACUGGUUGGUGACUGGCUACUUGAAGCUAUUGGCUCGACUUGGACGUGCGCCCGAUACAUCUCAUUUGUUGAGUGUGCAUGUCGACGUGUAAAAGCAGAUUAGUUUUUGUUAGUACUUCUAGUUAGUUAAUCAGUACUAUUACCUCCAACAAAGUGCAAAUUAUGUCACGUAAGAAAGUGUACCUAAUAUUAUGAUUUGAAAUGUUAAUUAAUUAAAUUAGUAAGAAGUCUGUGUAGCGUUUUAAUCAAAUAAAAAA